AUGAACCCAGGUGAUACAUUUUCACUAACUCAAGUAAGACUUCGAGCAAAUAGACUACUAAAAUCCAACUUAAAAAGCUCCGAGUCUGAAUCAAAACUUUUCAAAUUAGUAUCCAUACCAAAAGCCGAUUUAACUUCAUCAGUUAAAAAUUUAGGCACACGAAGGACAUCCCAACCUACUUUCCGAAGUAUAAGCACUGCUAAUUCUCAACGACAGCGAAGCUCUGUAAGCACAGCCAGAGAAAAGCUCAGCACAAUCAAAUCUCAGGUCCAAAUCAAGCUUGAUGACUUAUAUUCUCAGCCAAGUCAGUUAUACCCUCUUUGAUUCGUCAAUAAUUAUAAAUUUCUUUAUAAUAAAAAACUAAUCCUUUAUUUUCCUCUCCAAAUCUUAAAAUUCCCACAAAUUCAUUAUAAAAAGUCAUAAUAGACGCUAUUAAAAAACUCGAAAAGAGUGGAAAUAUAAAAGACCAAUUCCGCAGUUUAGAAAAAAUUUUGAACAUAAAAAAGCAAAAUUAUAACACUUUGCGAUAUGAGAGAAGAAAUAAAGACAGUUACCUACGAUACCUCAUACAAAAAGACCAUCAAAUCAUAAAAUUAGACGAAAUUAAAGAAAUAAAUUUCGACGAAAAAAUCAAUGAAUUGGAAAAUAAUAUAUAUGAGAUUAAAGAAAAAAUAUACCAAGAAAACCUUUAUUCUGGGAUUCUUUUACAUAUGAAUUCUACUAGACAGAGGUCUCUGUGCUCUCUUUCUAGACCAAUUUCUGAUUUAAGGAAAGAAAUAUCGCAAAUUUCGAUACAAAUUAAAGAUUAUUUGAGAGAAACAGCGAAGUCGAAUCAGUCUUUUAAAGACACAGAAAAACAAAUGGACGAUCUGAAUGAGAAAACGGAGAAAAUUAAAGAGAAAAAGGAAGAAAUGAAAAAAGAAGAUCUCGCGAGGUUUGAAGAAAGGGUUAUGGCUAAUGAAUUUAUACAGAAACAGAAAGAACAAAGGCAAAUUUUGAAUAAAAUAAGUGAAAACGAAAAAGAGGUGGAAGAAUUAGAAAAUGCAUUGGCAAUGGUGGAUGAUAUUGAAGAGAUCAAUAAAGAAAUUCAGGCUUGCAAAACUUAUAUCUUAACUUAAACUAAAAGAAAUCUAGAUACAUAGCGUCCUUCUUAACGUCGACUACGGGGUGGCCGCGCCAGGGCUGCCUCCAUUUUUAUACGUAUAGGGCCCACAGGCUUUGACUGGACUGCCUCGAUUAACCAGGACACUCUUGAAAAUGGUGUUGCCGACUCCGACAGCUUAAGAGUGAGUGACUUUUGUCUUCCUUUCGCUAUGUAGCGAAUAAAGGCUCUUUUGUUGCCGCAUAAAGGAAGUGUGAAAACCACAGACCUUUCACAUUCUAUAGGGACAGGCUAAAGAGCAGCAGAUUUGGUGCUAUACGAAUUUCAUCAUUUUAUGAUGCAAAACUUAUAUCAAGCGUCAAGAAGCAAUUUUUAGUCAGCUAAAAAGAGAAACUAAUGUAAGGUCGCUUGACUCAGUUGUAUCAAAUUUUAAUUAUUUAAAAGAAACAGAAAAAGUGCUAAAUCUGCCUCCGAGAAUUAGUGAACCAUUGGAAAAUUUAAUUUUUAGGAAAAUUGCAAGGCAAAAAUUUUUAUUAUAUAAUAUUUUCUUAUAAUUAAUGAUUAUUGCCACUAAUUCUAUUAAAUCUUUUUUAGCUUGAUUUUAAAAAAUAAUUUUUUAAAAAAAUUUCGGAUAUACAAUUCAUAUAUUUCAAGAAGGAAGUAAGAAAUACCCAGCUUCACUUAGAGCAUGUAAUCGGAAACGCAAGCAAAGAGGUAGAAAAUCUUCAAGAAAUUUACAACGGUAUCAGCUUAAUCAACUCUACAGACGAAGACGUCCCGGCUUCCAAAAUUGAACAAAUCGAGAACAGCCUUAUGGAAAAAAACCAACAUUUGCAAUGAUUGCAAGAAAAAGAGUACAAGCAAAAAAAAGAAAUUGCGGAAUUAAGCAGCAUCGUAGCAAGAUUAAUGUUCCAAGUGCAAGAUUCGACUGAUUUUAAAGAGGUGGACUCACACAACAUAGCCCAGGUUUUAGCUUCAUUUGAAGAAAAGAUUGUAAAUCUUAAGUCAAAAAGUAAAUAA